AGCGACGAUGAGCUGCAGCUCCCGCGCGCGACGCUGCACAAGAUGAUCAACGACGCGCUGCGCGCGAUCGACGCGAAUCAGAAAAUCUCAAACGAGUGUCGCGAGAUGGUGUGCGAGUGCGGGGAUGAAUUCGUGAACGCGGUGAGCGCGGAGGCGAACGAGGCGUCGACGCGAGAGGGAAAGUCGACGAUAACGGCGGAGCACGUGCUGCGAGCGCUGCGAGCGCUGGGGUUCGAGUCGUACGAGGCUGAGUGCGAAAUCGCGCGCGACGAGGCGAAGGAGGAGGAAAACGAAAAGCGCGAGGCGAAGAAGAAGAGGAAGCGGAUCGACAUGAGCGCGGAGGACGCGAUGGCGCUGCAGAAUAAAUUGUUCGCGGAGGCUCGAGCGAAGAUGGCG